AUGGCGAGUUCACAGAACAGUCCUGUGCUCGUCCAGCACAGCUCACCUCCCCACAGACUGUCGCCUGAAGUGGCACUUGUCUCAAUUCCUCCUUACAAUCCCGAAACAUCUCCCCUCCAAGAACCUAGCCUCGCAGAACAGCCAUUGCCCGGAGACGAAUCUUCAAGCGAGAGCGAACCUGCCACGCCCACCCCAGAAAUGGCCGACACUCCCAUGGUGGAUAUACCUCCUCCUGAGGGUGAAGAGUUGGACACAGCAGUAUCAAACGAGCGGAACAACGUCAACACAGAAGAGCCAUCCUCAGAGCCUGAGGCGACCCAAAGUUCCGAAUCCUUGCCUCAAGAAGCCGAGGUAGACCCAUCAGCUGUCAACGAGACCUCGCAAGAGCCCCCUCGUGUCCCUCCUGAGGAACAGCAGGUCCGGGAUGAACCGCCCGAAUGGGCUACGCGGGAGGACGAUCAUUCUACCCCCACCGAGGAUGAGAUGACAGAACUGAAUCUGAGGGAGUCAAAAGGACAGGAGUUGAGUGCCUUGGAUGUACCGAGCGUGGAAAAGCGGAUCUACCAGGAUGUAGACGACCCCGACCAGCGACCUGUUAAGAAGUUACGGCUGAGUUGGAUCAUUAAAGGUGUGCGUGGCACCCGCGAGAACCCUAACCGUGAUCGAGUCAUGGUAUCACCACCUGCGAAAGUGGAUGGGAACUAUUGGCAGAUCAAGUUCUACCCACGAGGCAAUAAAUCGGUGUUUCUCAGCGCCUACAUCAAGUGCAGCAGACGUCCUCCUCCAUCGGGUGCUGAGUAUGCCGACGGGACAUUCUCCUGCUUUGAAGGACCACCGAACGCCGACCUGAGCAACGGAUUUGCCCCCAGUCAAGUGAUCCACCAUCAAACCUCCGAUGUGAGCAGUGAAAGACCCCAUCGCACGCAUCCUCAAACCACAGACGACUCCCAGAAGGAGCAGAGUGGUGGCAGCCAAGAGUCUGGGUCCGCACAGGCCGGUCAUGGCGCCUCCGCUGAAGACACAUCCCAAGAGCAAGAUCUGGAGGAGGACUGGCGUGUUUCUGCACAAUUAGGCAUGGUUAUGUACAAUCCAGAAGAACCUCGUACUUGCCAUGUGAUGUCUUCCGAGCAUCAGUUUGCAAGGACCAACGAUGACUGGGGAUGGACAAACUUUACGGGCCCAUGGGAUGAGAUACAUGUUCGAGGGCACCUCCAGAGGGCGCCGCUUCUACGAAACGACACAAUCGCCAUCGAUGCUUAUAUCCGCAUCUUCGACGACCCUACACAGGCACUCUGGUGGCACUCUUCAGAGGCCGAGUUUCACUGGGAUUCCAAGGCGCUUGCAGGUUAUUUCCCAAUGGGGACACCUCCACUCUAUCACAGUCCGGCCGUGGCAGGUAUCACAUCCUGGCUUCUCCUGUAUCCGAUUCGCAAGGUGCUUCAGGAGGCCAACGCAGUGGAGUGGCGUCAGAACUCGCAGGUUCGUCCACGACCAAUCGUUAGCCAUAUGCAGAUGAUUCUAUUCCUGAUGCGUCACCUAAGGAAGGAACGCGAGAACUACGUCGAUGUUUAUCCCGCUAUUCAUGCUAUAAGGGAAUUGGGAGAGACAUACAAUGAUGUCAAGACCUUUUGGGAGGUACUCCGAAGAACUAUCGAGCUCGAGUUGGAAGGCGACGAGAAUUCUUUGAAACAGUUGAGAGCCAUUUUGGACACGCCAAACGGACCAUUGGACCUUCCGUCUCUACCUGUCGAGAACAUAAGUGAUGUACAAGAAGCUCUCACGCAGGUCCUGCGUUCCAGGAACUUCAGAGGACAGUUGCCAGAUUUCUUGCCAUUAGCUCUGGCUCGUCAGCAUUUCGACAAAACAAAAAGAGUGUGGAAGCUGCUUCAUGAUCGUGUUGCCCUCAACGAAGAGCUUGACAUGGCGGAGUUCUGUCCCAGCAUCGGUGAUGCCAAGUACACCCUGUAUGGUUUUGUAGUCCACUUGGGGGAGCGAAACUCGGGAAAGUUCUACAGCGUCCUUCGCCCGGGUGGUCCAAACUCCAAGUGGCUAGCUUUCGAAGAUGGCGACGGAAACAAGGUAUUUUCAUACACCAGAAAGCGAAUAUCACAAUUCGAAGGACUCGAAGGCCAGGCCCUGAAGGAUGCCACAGCUGCGCAACAGACGGCGUACAUGGUCAUGUAUAUCAGAACGAGCCGUCUUGGUGAGUAUCUUCCGGGUAAGCUCGAGCCAUACAAGCUUCCAAAGUCGCUUCUGCCUUACCUAGAAUCUCAACAUCAUGGUGGCGAGUUUGUGGAAACCCCCCAAUCGAUGGAAGGAGAAGACGUCAAAGUUGAGUUGUAUUCCGACCAAGCGAUUAUUGGCCGGCAAGGCCUGCUGGACAUGUUCAACAUCAAGCGCCAGUGCGAACAUAAAGGGUUGUUUCACAUCAUGAAGUUUCCACGGACCGCGACAUACCAAGAACUACGCCGACAGCUCGCAGAAAAAUUGGGGAUCGAGAAUACCAAGGCAAUCCGACUCUUCUUGAUGAGCAACACGGGGCUAGGCCAUUAUGUCAGCGCACAAAUGCAGGCUGUUGACAUGAUUGACCUGUUGCCGGACACAAAAGGUUUCGAUCAACCCUUUUGUUUAUGGUAUUCCAUCCUGAAGACAGAAGAGGAUAUCAAACUGUUCGGAGUGCCUGACCGUGUAGCGAUGAAAGACGUUGUGAAGGAUGUCGGAGGUGCUGCGCGUGACGAACAGAAUUCCAGCCAGAGGGCAUCGUCAGUGGUCUCAGAAGAACAGCUGGCAGCUCCUGAUUUGGAGCAAGCGUCGCUCCAGGAAGCGGUCUCCGCCGAUGUUGAGAACGCCAGAGCUGACCGCCAGUCUGUGGCUCAGGCUGUUGAAAUCUCAGAUCCGGACACCCCCAUGCAACUCGAACCGUCCCCGCCUCCCACCAUUGAAGAAAGCUUGGUCGCCGAGGUCCCCCAUGGGCACCUGAUUGAUGCGCUUGCUCAAGGGGCCAUGACAGUGCCUUCUCUGAGUGUCGCCGAAGCAGAAGUAAUUGCGGAUACGAGCGGGAGCUUUGAUGCUACGAAUACCAACGUCAUGGAGCUUAGUGUAAACGAGCAGGACGAGCCAAACCCUUCCAACGCAGGAAAUGACGGAAUACCACAAUCUGCGGAAGGACCUGUUGAGCAAGCAGAAGGCCCUGUUGACAACGUAUAUGGAUUCAUCCAAAUCUUUGAUGCGGAUAACCAAACCUUUUACAUUCACGAUACAUUCUUUGCCAGGUACGAUGAUAAGAUCAAGGAGAAAGUUCGGGACCGUAUGCGCUACGAUGCUCACAGCACAUUCCCCGUCUGGCGUCGCGAAGGUGUUGUUGGUGGAAGCGCCAUUCACGCAGACGAAACUUUCAGGGACCGCAGAUUCAUCAACGGCUGUGACUUGAUUGUGGCUGAACCUGUUUCGGAGACUAGAAUCACCCAACUACAUCUCGAGGGUAAAUUCUCCAAUCCUUUCGACUUGUCAAAGUACCUCCGGAUGGUUGACCGGAAGCACCCAGUGUUAUCCAAGACGAGCGAAGAGCCCAUCGAACUUGGCGAAUUUGGCGCAGAUUAUUACAAAGGCCCGCUAGUCAACGGGCGUAUGCAUGGCGAGCGUGCGCUUUGUAUCAGUUCAACCGGCCAUAUGUAUGAAGGACCUCUUGUAUGCAGCAAGAGAUGUGGAAAGGGAGGCAAGAUGACGUACCAAAACGGAGACACCUACGAAGGUGACUGGGAGGAUGAUGAACGACAUGGGCAAGGCACAUUUGUGGAGCAGAGAACCGGCAACAAGUACGUUGGUGGGUUCGAGUAUGGCAAGCGCUGGGGCAUGGGCACUACGUAUUGGCAAGUUGCGGACGAACAGGCCGAUCUCUGCCAGAUAUGCUACGGACAGGAGAUUGAUGCAUUGUUCUUCGACUGUGGACAUGUCUGCUCGUGCGUCGAGUGUGCCCGACAGUGCGACAUCUGUCCUAUCUGCCGGAGGAGCGUAAAACAAGUGGUGAAGAUGUUCCGAGCCUAA